CACUGCUCAUCAUCACAAACUGUUGUGCAAAAGAAAUGACUUCUAACAGUGAAGCCUCUAACGGAUUAACCUUUGAUACCUCUUUGGGGGUGGCUUCGAGCAAUAUGUCUUCUAGCUACAUGAACUUUAAUGGAUUAGUUUCAAGCAGUCACACUUCUGACGCGUUGGAGUCGAGCAGUUCCAUCUCUAAUCAUAGUGUGAUUGACGUGGCUGCUGUCGACAUUUUGUUAUAUCUUUACCAGGCCGCCACUGCGCAAUGCGUGAACCGUGUUCUACCAAUCGCAACCCCUAACUGCGGCUGCUCCAACAUCCUUCCUGUCGACUUCCCCAACCAGAUCCUUUACAACCCUCCCAUCGCUUUGGAUUCCACAUUGGCGCCCAUUCAGGGACCGACCACUAUUAUUCAAGAUAGCACAGUUGCUAACAAUUUGGCUAAUGCACUGCAGCUAUUGGUGGUGAGCAACCUUCUCUCCAGCACUCUCCCUCUCAACCCCGAUCCUCUGGUUGAGUACGCACCGCUCGCCGCUCCUCUAGCCGCUCCGCUUGCAGCUCCUCUGGCUGCCCCGCUUGCGUUCCCAACUUGCGGCUGCGGUCGUCCCGCUUGUGGAUGUGGUCUUAACGGAUUCAACUUUGUGUAUUAGAAGCUAUGAAUGUUUCUACUGAAACACAAUGUUGAUAUUCUUAUUUGUAUAUUUAUUACUUUUCUGUUUUUUGAAUUAAAUAAAUGAAUAA